AUGCUUCCCUACCUCUUUCCUGACCUCUCUGCCUUUCCCACUGUCGCUGACCUCAUUACGCACCUCCGCACUAGUGACACUCGCUACCGCGCCGCCCUUCCUGCUGAGUUCUGCGCUAAGAACCCACCCCCCAUGUACAUCGCUCUCUACUACAUAGUCGCGCGCCUCCCUGACUCCCUUCGCGUCGUCAGGGACCACUUUCUCGCAGUCUGUCCCACCACCCUCACCGUCGACCUCCUCGAGAAGGCCCUCCUCGCAGCGGAGAAGAGCAUAGUCGCUGUAGGUGCUUCUCGUGGUGACCCUCGCACCCCCAUCUUUGAGGGGUGCUCUCCUUCCCCCCUGCUGCCCUCUGUUGCCUCUGCUGCUGCUGCCGACCUGCUUGGUCUUGAGUCGGUCGGCGCGGCGUCUGCCCCUAGUGGGAGACGUCGCUCCAGCAAGGGCAAGGGGGGCAAGGGCGCGGGUGGAGCUGGAGGGGGCGGUGGCGGUGGCGGCGGUGGCGGCGGAGGGAGUGGGGGUGGCGGCGGGACUAGUGGCGGGGGUGGUGGUGGUGGUGGCAGCAGCGGCGGAGACGGUGGUGGUGGUGCCAGCGGUGGUGGUGGAGGCAGCGGCGGAGGUGGAGGCGGCGGAGGUGGAGGCGGUGGAGGCGGCAGCGGAGGAGGCGGUGGUGGUGGAGGAGGUGGAGCUGGUCGGGGUGGUACCCAGCAGCGUAGCGGCGGUGGUGGUGGCCAGCGCUCGCAGCGGCAGCAGCAGCAGCGCUCGCGGGACAUCCCUCCGCCUCAGCAGCUUCGUGAGUGGUACGCUGGGCGUCAGAGGGGUGGGGGUAGUGGUCCCUGCACCUACGUUCUUCGUUCCGGCGACCGCGCGGCGAUCUUUGAUCUUGAUUUUGAUGCUAUCCUUGCUGCUAUGUAUGCUGUGACUUAUAGUGAGGAGAAUGAGGGUUACCGGUGUUUCCAGCCCGACCCGGGCAUUGGUACUGCUGCGCUAGGUGCUUGUGAGGCUGCUGCUCUAGGUGCCAGUGCGUCUGCGCUCUCAGGUACUGGUGAGACUGCGCUCUCAGGUACUGCGUCGUCCUCGUCCUCCCUCACUUUCACACUUGACUCCGGGGCUUCUCGCUCCUUCUUUCGAGACCGCACUACCCUUACGCCGCUCGGCCGGCCGGUUGCAGUCUCCCUUGCUGACCCCUCUGGGGGUCCUGUCCUGUCUCACUUCUCCACUGUCCUCCCGUGUCCGGCUGCCCCUUCGGGCACCCUGUCUGGUCUCUACCUUCCCUCGUUCUCUACGAACUUGGUGAGUGGCGCGGACCUGCAGGAUGUGGGGGUUCACCAGUUCACUCCUGCGAGUCAGCGGGUGACCCACUGCACGGAGGCACGCACAGGCCGACACCUGGCCACGUUCUCGCGUCGGCCGGGGUCGAGUCUCUACACCCUGACCGUUGAGUCUCCUCCUGUCCCUGCGUCUGGUCAGGUGGCUGCGUCAGGUCAGGUGCUUGCUGCUGCGUCCCGGUCAGGUCCUGAGUCUGCCCCCUGUUCUUGUCGCCUCCUGUCUCACGAGACUCUCCUGUGGCACCACCGUCGUGGCCACCCCUCCUUGCCCCGUCUUCGGAGCAUGGCUUCCCGUGUCCUUGUCUCUGGUCUUCCCCAGUCUCUCCCUCCUCUCCCCUCCGGGCCAGGACCUUCAUGUAUCCCCUGUGUCGAGGGUCGCCUCCGGGCUACUCCUCACUCCUUGCACUUCCCCCCGACAGAGGCUCCCCUGCAGACGCUUCACAUGGAUGAGUGGGGCCCAGCCCCCGUCCGUGGGCAGGGUUACGAGCGCUACUUCCUGUUGGUGGUUGAGGACUACUCGCGUUACACCACAGUCCUCCCCUUGCGCAGCAAGGGUGCGGUCACUGAGGUGCUGAUCGACUGGAUCCGCGAGGCUCGUCUCCAGCUCAGGAAGAGCUUCGGCUCGGACUUUCCUGUUCUGCGUCUGCACUCGGACAGAGGCGGAGAGUUCUCUUCUCGCCUUCUGCGAGACUACUGUCGUGCACGGGGGAUCCGCCAGACCUUCACGCUUCCGGACUCACCACAGCAAAAUGGGAUUGCUGAGCGCCGCAUUGGCAUGGUCAUGGAUGUCGCUCGUACGUCCAUGAUGCAUGCGGCUGCCCCCCAUUUUCUGUGGCCGUUUGCGGUGAGGUACGCGGCGCAUCAGCUCAACCUUCACCCCCGGGUCUCUCGGUAG